AUUGAAUUUUUUGUUCGGAACUAGACGAGAUUAGGAUCGUGAACCUUCACGGAGGGAUCUGUUUUUAAGGUGAAUAGGAUUCGGUAUUUUUUUUAUAGAAUAGUUAUAUCUAUUUUGGAUGCUGCAGACUUCAAUAGAUGAACUUCGAUGAAAUCAAUUCAUUAGUUUAUUGUAAUGGGUCGGAUAGGAUGAAUUCAUUGGUCAAUAGUGGUAACUUGUGGUGAUAUUCACAAAGUUAUAAUCUUUUUCUCAAUGUUUUGUUGUUUUGGGUAAAACUGUCCAGUUUUUCUGAAUCUUUGUUUAAUUCAGUGUGGGAAUACAAAUGGUAUAUGGAAAUUCAUUGGCUGAUCAGUAUCUGUUGCUUCCAUUACCUAUCAAAGUAUUAAGAAUGUGCAGAUAUAUUGAAUAGUUUUUUCUUAUUUUCGUGGUAUCAUAUCAUAUUCUUAUAAAUAGUCUUACCUUUUGGGUUGGAGUUUCUCGUGUGAUUUGAAGUUCGUUAUGGUUUGAAAAUUGUUGAUCUAUAAGAGGCCGAUGAUUGGUUUUAUUCUAGUUUUACAUGUAUGAAAGCUAUAUCAGAUUAGCUGUAUACCUUUUCUAAUGUAGUGAUUGGUUCUCGAGUCUUGUACCGUGGAAUUUUUAUUCCGGGUGUAUUUUUUGAGUUAAUGAUGCGGUAAAUCACUCCAUUUUUUUAGUACAUUUGGAUUAGGAACUGUUGCACUAGUAUGUAUCAUUGUUGACUUGCGUGGAGGACCAAUAACUGGAAAAAUUACAUUCUUUGGUCAUUUAAAUUCUAAGGUAACCUUAACUUUCCUAAAAAUUUCAGAGAAAACUUGUUUUACAGUGCCAGUAUAUGUUGUUGCUUUUAUGUCGAUUCAGAAUUUCAGAUGAUUCCUUGUCAGUUGUCAGUGUGGAUCUAGUGAAACUCUUUGCAGCUGUUCGCCCACAAGACUUCUGUAGUUAAUAUAGCUUCUCUGACAUAUAAUUACAGAUAUGCAACGGGGAAGAAGUGCCCUCAAUUCCUUUCCUGAACCAUUUGAUUUGAACCAAGGCUCACUUCCUGAAAAUACCUCUAUGGAUCACUCGACUUCCUGGAAUAACAUGCUGAACCCAGUUGAAAACCGACUGUCUAAUUACAUUCUUGGAACUACUGAUGGGAAUGUUAGCUGCAUUAAUGCCACUGAUGGCGCUGCUCAGAGUUUUAGUGGUUGGGACCGUGGCGAAUCCAGCUCUAGUGCAAACAAUAUGCAAGAUGGAGCUUGUGGUGCUGAUUCAAAAACAAAACUCGGGUGGUCAUCAUCUUUUAAUGCUUGUUCUGGGCUUGAUGCAAGAUCGGAAGAUUGGUCCUUUCCACCAUCCAAUGCCACCAGUAGUAGCAAUUCGGUUACUGGCAGACCCCUGACCAUGCAAAGCUCAAACGAUGCUUCCAUGAAUUUAAAUUUGAAUGAUGGGCAAUCGUGGAAUCAUGAUUGUCACAGAGGUUCUGGAGCAGUUCUACCUCAUAAUAUCUAUAAAUCUGGUCAAUCGGCAAUGGACCAGAAUCCAACUUUUUAUGCUUCUUCAAGUAACAUAGGAAUCUUUUCUGGUCGCUCUAGUACGUCUUCAGAAAAUUAUGAUUUAGCAGGUCCAUCUUUUGGUUCUUGGGGUUCAUCUUGCAAGAGAAAGGCUCUUGAAGGAACUUCCGGGCAAUUUUACCCUGGUGGAAGUUCGAGCGCAAAUCAGCCAAUGGACAAGAGCAUAAUGCAGCAUCCAGCUCAUGGUAGUUACAAUACAUCAGGAAAUUUAAGUAUAUCUUCUGGCCCAGUGAACUUGUCUUCAACUAAUCUCGUAGAACAAGUAAAUCCAAGUAUUGGGGUUGGUAUGAGUAGAGUGGCCCCUAGCCCUUUUCCCUCUUCAAGUGUUCCAGGAGUGGCAGAAAGCUCGGCUAGACAUUUUGCAGUAAGAUUGAAUCAUGGACGGCAUGGGCCAAACCCGUUUGAUAUACCUAGAAGUUCAUCCAUGAGGAGCUCUGGUGUUUACACUUCCCAUCUUUCAAGACCUAUGGCAAACACCGAUUCUGCAGAAUUGAGGUCAUCGAUCACACUGCCUAUGAACCAAAACAAUUCCCUGACCCAACCUCAUUUAAUGCCUGUAAAUGAGGCAAGAGGAACACAUUCAUACCCUUGGAAUGGAUCUUUGAGUUCACGAGGAGGUAGUUCAUCAAGUUCUUUUAUAGUCUCUGGAGAAAGAGAUCACGGAGCACCUGAGGAAAUUAAUGUUAGAAGUUCUCGUAGAAAUAACCUCGAGUACCCCAUGACCGUUUCUGCACCUGAGACAAGAAAUGUCCUGCCAGAUCAAAUUGAUUGGAGUUUCGCUCCUGGAACUUCUGCAUCUUCUAGGAAUAAUCCUACUGGUUCACGUAUUGGCCCCAGUUCGGGAGGCAGGUCCUAUUCUGGUUCAUGGUUGCCUCAUCAAAGCCCGUCAUCACAAAAUCAUCAAAGGUUAUCAGAAUCUUUCCCUUGGAUUCCUAUCCAUCGAGUUGAGUCUGAAUCUGGGACAAGCAGAAGUCAUUUUUCACUUUUGCCUUCUGCCUCUUCUUCAUCGGAUGAGGCAGCUAAUAGUAGUCGACAUCAUUUAGAUCAAAGGUCAGCAGCACUGUUGAUGGAUAUACCAGGUGAUGAUAUUAAUGGUAGGCGUUCUUUGGCUGCUGUUGAGGGCAGACAUAGACUGAUACGUCAAGUCUUGAAUGCCAUGCGGAGGGGUGUCCACUUACAAGCUGAGGAUUAUAUGCUUAUUGAUCCUUUCGUAAAUGGAUUUGCUGAGUUGCACGACAGACACAGAGAUAUGAGGCUUGAUGUCGAUAACAUGUCCUAUGAGGAAUUACUGGCUUUGGAGGAGCGAAUCGGGAAUGUGAGCACUGGACUCAGUGAAGAACAAAUCAGUGGCUCCAUGAAACAGUGCAAGUAUGAAGCAACAGGAAGCUCGCUGCCAAACAUGGAGCCGUGCUGUAUAUGCCAGGAGGAUUACAUUAGUGGAGAAGACAUCGGUAUAUUGAAGUGUGGGCACGAGUUUCACACCAGCUGCAUUAAACAGUGGCUUACGCUGAAGAACCUUUGCCCCAUCUGUAAAACAACAGCCUUGGAAACUUGAAGGCAAAACGGCGUUUCCAAAAUAACGUCCCUCUCUUUCACCCUUAUCCCAUUGCAGGGUCUUUUUUCCUUUUCCUUUUCCUUUUCCUUUUUACAGAUGUGGUCGACACUGGUUCGCGCCCUCACCUCAACAUCUUGGUGGACUCGAGAAAGGAGAGAUCCACAGGGAGUGAGUUGUGAGAAGACAAUGCCUGUGUGUACCAUGAUACUCUUGUAGGUUUAAAGUUGGUUAUCUAUGAACAAUUUUGUAUUCUUCCAUAACCAAAAAAAAGAAGGAAAAUUUGAGCCUAUGAACUAAAUAAUACCAUCUACUGACAGACAUUACUGGAGAUUGUUAUGUACUUGGAAUUUUCAGAUUUCUGUUAUUACAGGACCUUGUUUAAGUUAGCA